AUGUCUAGCAAUCAGUUUCCUAUUCUUGGUUCCUCUCGCGCACCCGCUGACCCCUCGAUCUCUUCCAAUGCGACGGCAUCAACCAACCAAACACCCAAGAAAAAGCAUCGUGCAGGACGAAAGCACAAGAAAGCGAGACGGAAGUCCUUCGCUGCUCCUCCAGAAAACAUUCCAGAUCAAGUUAUACCUCCAUCCAGCCACAGCGGUAAUAGGGCCGGUUUCUACAUGCGUGGGAGAAAUCUAAGUAAUACGAGCAUCGACAGCGAAGCGCUUCUCGACCACAGGGAGCAUCAAUAUCCUCGUCCGCGACGACCCUCCACUCUCACGGCCUCCCUUCACAUGCCGCAAUCAAGCCGAUCGCGUAUAAUGCAGAGUAGUCAGAGCCACGACCACGAGGAAGUGGAGGAAGACAAUAACGAGACCGUACCUUUAUUAUCUAGUUCUUCGCGACAGGAUCUUACCUCUUCGCGAGGCUACGGGUCGGGAGAUGGACGACGGAAGAACGACACAUCUAUCAGUCGUCCCGGUUCUAGCAGAUCGGGCAAGAAAUCCCAAAUAGCUCCUAUAACACCGUCUGAUAAAUAUAAUGUUAACUAUCCGCCAUCCAUUCCUGGGACGCCUACGCUCGGGCCUUCAGAUCCCCUGGAUAUGAGCUUUGGGGAUAUCUUGAUGAGAGAUGAUCUCGCAGAGGAUGCAACUCGCCCCGAUAGCGUACUGGAAUCGAACAAUGACCCACUUCGCGACCAGUCUCCCUUUGAGAGACGCCAUACGAUUGCACUGCAGGCACAGGAGGAUGUCUGCUUUCCUCAAGAGGGAAUGUCAGAAUUGGCCGACGAGGACGCUCAACAAGCUCGCGACAGCCGUAGUAUUCGGGCGCGACGUAGAAGACGAAAUAAGUGGCCGGAUUUGGCCAUCCUUGAAGAAUGGUCCCGGAUCGAGAAGGAGGAUCGUAGCGAAGAAAGGCGAAUGAAGAAAAUCACGGAACCACAAUUAGUGAACGGUAGGUUGCGGCCGAUCCAUAAGGGGUGGUAUCGAAUAGAAGAAGACGCUCCGUAUCGAUUCACUUACUUCAAUGAGGAGUUCCAAAGCACGAUCCACAGCCAGACCAUAUCGGAGCUUGUUCAACCAGACGCAGGCUUCAAGGAACUUUUCCUCCCAGAUCCUCCAAUCCUAUCCGAUUCAUCUGAUGAUGAUGACGAUGACGAUGGACCUCUUACCCAGGUUCCAAAUUUAACCAGAAAUAGCGGCGCAACUACCAGAGGACUCUCCCGCCAGCCAUCUUUCACACCAAAUUUCACAACAUCUGACCUUAAUCCAGGUGCAGCUUCUAGACAACAAGUCUCAACGUCUGCGAGUUCCUCUAGAAAUCCUUCGGGCGACCCCAGCCCAUUGCGGUCCAAGUCCCCAUUCUCCGGCAUCAAAUCGCCUCUUCCAAAUGGCGAGAAGCAGCCUCGAUACGGCGAACGUCCCGUAUGGUGGCUGGAUGUCUUGAGCCCCACCGAAUCGGAGAUGAAGGUGCUCGCCAAAGCGUUUGGGAUUCAUCCUCUAACCUCGGAGGAUAUCAUGCUCCAGGAACAACGUGAGAAGGUUGAACUAUUUCGACACUACUACUUUGUCAAUUACAGGUCUUUCGAUCAAGAUGCCGAAUCAGAGAAUCACCUCGAGCCGGUCAACAUGUAUGUCGUGGUUUUCCGCGAAGGUGUCAUCUCAUUUCAUUUCAGUCAGACCCCGCACCCGGCAAACGUUCGACGCAGGGUUCGCCAGCUUAAAGAUUUUAUGAUCCUCAGCGCAGACUGGAUCAGCUAUGCAAUUAUUGACGACAUCACGGACGUCUACCUUCCUCUCAUCCAGACCAUCGAGGAGGAGGUGGAUGAUAUUGACGAUAGAAUCUUACAGUUCCAUUCUCCCUCUGAUCCUUCUCUGUCAUCUGAAGAGAAAAAGCGGAGAGAUGGUGAGAAAAGCACUGAAGCGAAUGCGGAUAAUGGCGGAGAUAUGCUCCGUCGCGUCGGUGACUGCAGGAAGAAGGUUAUGACUCUAUACCGACUUCUUGGAAACAAGGCGGAUGUCAUUAAAGGUUUCGCAAAGCGCUGUAACGAGCACUGGGAAGUUGCUCCGCGAUCUGAAAUCGGGCUGUACCUUGGCGAUAUCCAGGAUCAUAUCGUGACUAUGACGGCCAACCUUAGUCAUUAUGAAAUGAUUCUCGCUCGUUGCCAUGCCAAUUACAUCGCACAAAUCAAUAUCCGCAUGAACGAACGACAGGAGCAGACUGCUGAUGUUCUAGGCAAGUUAACUGUCCUCGGUACUAUCGUUCUGCCUAUGAAUAUCAUCACCGGUCUUUGGGGUAUGAACGUCUGGGUCCCAGGUCAGGAAUACGAGGGCGAUCUGAAGUGGUUCUUCGCCAUUACCGCAGGGCUGCUACUUUUCGGCCUUGCCUGCUUUAUCAUUGCAAAGAGGGUAUAUAAAAUCGUCUAG